AUGUACAAUAACAAAGAAAUUAAUUAUGAGGAUAGUGAAUUUGAUAUUGAACCAGGAAAAACUAUUAAAUGGUCAAUAGAGUAUAAUAGUAAUAAUCGACAUAUCAAUAUAAAAAUUCAAAAAAAAAUUGAUAAUGAAUUUCCAACGAUUGAUAAUGAGACAAAAGAAGAAUUUUCAACAAUUGAUGAAUAUGGACGGACAUUAAGUGAAAUGUACAAUAACAAAGAAAUUAAUUAUGAGGAUAGUGAAUUUGAUAUUGAACCAGGAAAAACUAUUAAAUGGUCAAUAGAGUAUAAUAGUAAUAAUCGACAUAUCAAUAUAAAAAUUCAAAAAAAAAUUGAUAAUGAAUUUCCAACGAUUGAUAAUGAGACAAAAGAAGAAUUAUCAACAAUUGAUGAAUAUGACACUUUUAACUCGAAAGCCAAAUUUAAUUACCGUUCGGUGAGUAAAGGAUCUCGUUUAACAAUUUUUGACUUGAUAUUAAGGAGGAAUGGUUACGACUUUGUAUCUGCUGUGCGAGCAGGUUUAAUUUUAUUGAUGCUUUUCUGGAAGGAUAGAUUUAUCGUAAAUUGA